GAAAGCAGCAGUAAUAUCACUUGACCAGUUUCAAAGCAGAAGCACAACCACUAUGGGAGGCAUAUUCACCUCCUCCCUCAGCUUUUUAUUGGCCUGAUGAGACCCCUCCCCCAGUGCAGAUUGCAAGCUAUGGAGGAAGGGAGCAGAUGGAGUGGGCCAAAAUUCCAAAUGGGUCUUAUGUGGUCUUUAUCUGUGAGUGCAAAGCUUGAGCAUUUCCUCAUCAAACAACUGAUGCUAGUUGGCUUUCACAUCAGAAGGGCCAAGUAUUGAAUGGGCCUGGAGAAUGAACAACUGGCCUCAAAUAGAUCAGGUACAGCAAGAACAGUUGCAGGACAAGAUUCACCACCAGUGUGGCUCAUUCCUGGCUUGGAGAAACCCACAUGAAGGCAUAAUCGUUUUCUUCAUUCUGUUACACAUCUGAAAAAGGGCAGACAUCCAUGGAUAGAGAGAAGUUCCAGCAGAAGGCUCUGAAGCAAACUAAGCAGAAGAAAUCCAAGUCGGCUGAAUUUCUGAUGGUAAAAGAAGAGAGAGCAGCAACAGAAGGCAUUGAAAAUCCAGCUUUUAACAUCAGCAGCACAGAUCUUUCAGCAUAUCAGACUUCAGAAGAGAAAGUUAUUAGACAUGACAAGCUAGAUAGCACCCUUGCAGCUCACCAACAAAAACUCAGGCUGCAAGCCCAUGCUGAACCAAGAGGAAAUGAAUACAGCAGAAAUUACUUUGACCCAGUGAUGGAUGAGGAAAUAAACCCAAGGCAGAGUGGGAUGGAGGUCAGUGGAGAAGGUGAGGCAGAAUUAAUGCCUAUGAAUUUAGAUGAGAAAAUUCUCUAUGGUGAACUGAUGAAACUUCUAGAUGAAGAGAAUAAAAUGGUGGAAUAUCAAGCAGCCCAUGGCAUCUGUGAAGAUUUCUCAGACUCAGUAAGGCCUGUCAGCUUCACUAAGACACUUGACCUUCGCAAGGAGGUUGAAGAUGAAGGGAUUCCUCUGUAUAUUGAACAGUUUGAGAAAGAUGUUCAGGAUGACAUAAUUCUGCUUGGCAGCUUUGCACUGGAACAGCUCUCAUGGCAGAGUGACUUUUCCAGCCUGUUGCAUAAGGGCAAAAUGACUCCAAGCCUUCCACCUCAGUUCUGGAGAGUUGCAGAACUGCUUGGAGAAACGAGUGCCCAUGACUUAAAAGUUAAAAAGGAAGUUCUUCAUCACAACAAACAGAUGUUGCACACCAGAUUCCAUCCCUUUCAGAGAAUAGAAAGUCAGCCAUUGCAAGUAGCACAGAAUGCCCGCAAACAUGAAACUGUAGCCAAGUUUGGUAACCUCGCAGAAGUGAAUAAUGAAUCAAAUGGAGCAGCAGGACUUUGCUGGAAGGUUGACCGGUCCAAAACACCUCAGCCCAUUCAAAUCCAAUUAAGAUGCCUACGAGGUGCCAAAGACAAAGUGUCCAAGGGCCGCUACACCCUCAAGGUUUCUUUGCUCAGUCGUCUAGGGGGUAGUGUACUUAAGUGGUCCGAACUGAAGGAACAACAGUGGUCUGGAAUGACAUUGCCAGUUAGCCACGAUGGAAACUUCUAUGACGUGGAAAUUUGUUUCGACCAAAGUGUCUAUACAGUGCUGCCUGCUAGAAAGGAGGUGAAACCGGGCAUGAUACUCCUCUUUGAACUCUUUCUUCUUCAUGAGAUCAAUAAUUACAUCGACCGUGUUGUAGGAUGGGGAGCUUUUCCUUUAUGUGAUAAUAAUUUCAACACUUUACAGGGGAAGUUUAAAUGCCCUUUUCUCAGAGGCCAUUAUGAUUCAAAAUUUGACCGCUUCAAAAAAAUUGAAAAUUUGAUUUCAUUGGAUUUAGACCACUGGUUGUGCAACCUCUAUUUUCAGAUUAUUAAACUACCAUGGUAUUCAGAUGAGCAGAAGACAUAUGAGACAUGUCUCCAGCUCUCACCUGAAUUUCUUGCUUAUUCAAACAUUACUGAGAAGAAUGGAGAUUCAGACAAAAUAAAAAUAUCUGGACCACAAGAUGAUGGAUUCAGAAGUUCAUGUCUACAUCCAGGCACUGACUCAAAAUGCUCCUUAGCAUCUUUUCAAGGGCAACCUUUGACCUCUUGGAGAGAUCCUGACACCCAUAAGGGAAGUAUUCCCACUGUUGUAAAGGAAGUGGGAAAGCAGUUUAAUGCUGUGAAAGGAAGGGAAGAGUGUGUGUCAAAAGAAACUGGAAGGAAAAGAGAUGAGAAGAGUUUAAAAUGUUUCCAGCAGGCAGAGGAGGCAAUGGAGGAGUUUGAAUUAAAAGUGAAGGAUCAAAAGAAGCCUCAACAAAAAGGAAAUUAUCCUUGUCAAGUUAUCUCAAGUGAUUCACAUAAAUAUUAUGAUUUGGUCCCAGUGAAAGAAGAGCAAGGUGUCUCUUAUAAGAUGAAUCAAAGUGAUCCAACUGACCAACAGUGUCAAGGCAAAUCAAGUCCUGGAACCAGUGUAGCUGCAGGAGAAGGGGAAGCAUCUUCACCGAAUACUUCUUAUCUGGACGAAUUAGAGAAGUAUAGAUUCUCUGUGUGUUGCCAUUCUGCCAUUGAAGUGAGAGGGUCCAGAAGAAUCAUUGAGCAUUUCCAUUUUGGGGUGUAUGGAGUCUUUUCAGAACUGGGAUUGGCGCAAUGGCGUUCUUGGGACUUCUGGUUCAUUAUGCUGCUGGUAGUUUUACUCUGGUUUGUGCGGCUUUAUCUGCAUUAUUGUAGUCAAUGGCUCGUUCUUCAAGCCAUCUCAGUUCCUGUUGCAAAGUUCCAGCUCUUCCCUCACACUGUGGAACUCUGCUAUCAGAAUUCUUUGCUGCUUACCAGAGAAGAGUUGGCCAUGGUUGUGGUGGGACCUCUAACCUUGAACGCAGUGAUGCUGCUUAUGGUUCUGAUCAGAUGGGGCUGUCAGCAACUGUUUGACUCAUUCCCUUCCUUCUUGUCAAAGUUUAUCAUGGCUAUGGGACUCUGGACAGUGCUAGACCCCUUGGCUGUGUUUGUAGUGGAUGCAUUCCUGGGGCGACUUACCUACAGAGCAGAGAAGCCCAUUGCUGAUGCUGCAAAGCUCUACUGGCUCUUCUCAAGAACAGAGCAAUCGGGAAUUCCUGGUGCACUGAUUACUGUGAUGCUUUACACAAUUUUGUUCAUUAUUUCAUCUACAGUAUUGUCCCUCUACUUUCUAAGGCUGCACAAUGAAGGUUGGUUAUUAGAUGUAUUUAAACGCACUCACAGUGAUGAAGGCACAUUCUUCGUUCCAUUAGACCUAGAAAUCUCUAAUCAGGAAUUGAGCUACAUCAUGAAAAAGGCUGAACAAUGGAGAGGCAUCAAUGGUGAAAGACGAAAGGUGGCAGUGUAUGAUUACAUCUGGAAGGACAAUACUAGCAAGUCUGGUGUCUCUAGCUGUGACCUACAGCGUCAGGAUGAAAUCUCCGAAUGUGAAGCUCACUCAGGAGAGAUCACUGUUCAUGUGUCUAUAUACACGGUUCACCUCAGUGGCUUCCAAGAUCUCUAUAGACAUUUCCUCAGACUGCCUGAUGGGGCUAUUGUUGAGGCAUUUGAUAACAUUAGUGGGGUAAGUCUUUUAUAUGAUGAAGUGAGCACAACCAUUCAGGAACAUGUAAGCGAAAUGGACAAUGUGCUGGGAGCCUCUUCAGUUAUCAAGCGGAGGGAAAGAAAAAAGAAUACAGCAAGGUGGAAAGGAGCUCAUUUUGUCUCCUGCAAGAGCUAAGUCAUCAGGAAGAAUAUUUAGUUCACAGCACUUUUUGCAUCUUGAGUCAUCUCCACAAUCUGCAUCCUCAUCCAAUAAGAC